GACCUAUGGGAUGAUGUAUUGGGGAAAUUCGGUAAAUAGUGAAUUCACUUUUAUACUUCAGAAAAGAUGUAUAAGAAUUAUUUACAACAUGUAUUCAGAUGAAUCAUUAAGAAAUAUAUUUAAAGAUAAGGGAAAUCUUACCGUAACUAAUAUAUAUAUCCUCGAAUUGUGUUCAUUUGUAAGGAACAAUAUGUUAUACUAUAAGAAGAAAAUAGAAUUUAGAAGUAAUCAAAGAGAUUUUUAUGAAUAUGAUUUAUAGUUGCCUAGUGUAAAUAAUGGAACAUACAAAAAGUCAUCCACCUACCUUGAUUGUGAUACUAAAAACUAAUAAAAAACUCUAAGAUUUAAAACCCAUUUUUAUGGUUAUACGUAAAUGUAAUUUUAUUAAAAUUAAGAUAAUACUUAUAUUGAUAAUUUUGUAAUUGAAAAAUAUUGCAUGCCUGAAAGGGAAAUCUGUUGAAACUCUUACUUAUAUGUACAUUCUUGUAUGUAUGUACAUGUAGGUACAAACACAGAUUUUGCAAUGUUUUUGACUUUGACUUUUGACUUUGAUUAUCUUACUACGAUAAUAUCAUGACACUAUCGAUAGACUAUCACUAUCGCAACAUCACUAGUGGAGUGGUAUACAACAUUCAUAAAUGAACAAUUCACAAGAAAAAUCUCUGGCAAUAUGCAAUGCAAUCGUCUACUACCAAAAGGUUCAGAAUUCAAGAGAAAUCAAUUAGAUUAAUAGAUACUAAUCUUUCAUUCAACAGCUGAUUUUAUAACCAGUUGGUACAAUGGACGAAUUGGAAGUUUGGGAUGACCUGUCCAAUAUACCAGCAGAUCCCCCAACAAUGCGAGAACUAUGCCAAAAUUGCGAAAGGCCCAUGGUUGUUUGUUGGUGUUCAGCAUUGCCACCUCAAAGAUUAAAUCCUCGGAGUAGAAUUAUAUUGUUGCAGCAUCCUGCUGAGGAGAAGCGUUGCCUACGGACCGCUCCCAUGCUCAAGCUAGGUCUGUCUGAAAACAAGUGCCUUAUUUAUAAAGGGAAGAAAUUUCCACAACCAAAACAUGAAUAUUUAGAAGACAUUCUUAAUGAGCCAAAUACAGUUUUAUUAUAUCCAAGUAAAACAUCAAUUGAUAUUAGUUGUUUGGAAAAUAAAUGUGAUAAUUAUAAUCUAAUUUUAAUAGAUGGCACAUGGCCUCAAGCUAAGGCUAUAUAUGCAUCCAGUCCAAUUCUUCAUAACAUAAAACAAGUGAAACUGUUGACUAAUACUAUAAGCAGUUAUAUUAUAAGGACACAGCCAACUGAGGGUUGUUUAAGCACAUUGGAAACAGCGGCUGAGGCUCUUUCACAAUUAGAAGGGGAUCCAAAAUACAGAGAACAGUUGGUGCAACCUUUACAUACAUUAUGCCAGUAUCAGCUUGACAAUGGUGCUGUCACUCAUCAAUCUAAAGAAUUUUUAAUAAAAACAAAAACAUAUCCAAAGCUGAUUGGCAAGAGGUUAUCAAGAUUGUUGAGAUCUACUGAAAAUAGUUUAGUUACAACUUAAACCUUAAUAAAUCCAGAGUUGCUGGUGAUCAUGCAUACUACCAUUCAACAGUGAGGUUCAACUUUUACUGUUACUUGGCCGAAGCUCUAAAAAUCUUAUUUGUAUUUUAUUACAAUAAUAAUCAACCGAUCCAGGCUCAAGCAAGACUUUUUUCUAUUGUGAGUGUUCAGUGUUAUAACAAUAUGUUGAACAAUACCUGCAAAAAUUUUAUUGUACAAAUAGAUUGCUGGUUAAUAAUACAAGUUUUAGGCUAGAAAUAGGUUUUGAUAUUAUGUAUGUCAUUUAAUUGUUAAGAAAUUAUAUUUUGUUAUUUAUAA